UGUUUCUGUAUUUCAGGGCCCAAGUUAGAGUUUUCACUCUUUUAUACUGUAUAUAAUUAUAUCACAUCACUUCUCUGCAAUGGCAGUACAAGCUCCUGUGGCUGGUAAACACUACAUAUGCAUUUAUCCUGCCUAUAUUAAUAGCAGAAAAACUUUGGCGGAAGGCAGGCGUAUUGCCAAGUCAAAAUGUGUGGAAAAUCCUACUGUUAAUGAGAUGAAAGAUGUUUGUGCUGCUGCUGGGUUGAAAGUUGUUCCAGAAAAUAAAUUGUAUCCUAGAGAAAUGUUUCGAGGAGAUGUGUCUGUAAGGGGAAGAGUAAGAGUUCAACUCAAAAAUGAAAAAAAUGAACUAAUGUCUGAUCAAUUUAAAAACAAGAUGUCUCUAAUGAUAUACCUUGGAGAAAUGAUCCCCAAACUGAAAUCUCGGAUACAAAAAACAGGAGGUGCGGAACAAGUGCAGCAAAAAGGGAAGAAAAAUCAAAAGAAAAGGCGAUGAUGUCGGUUUUAAAAUAUGUUUGAAGUGAAUGACAGAAAUGUGUUCAAGCAAGAAUUCAAACCUUGAUGCAUUGAAACAACAAACUUCCCUUUUUGUAUAUGUGUGCAAUGGGGAUUUCUGAUACUUCACCGUAAAGGUGGUUUGGAUCACAGUAUAAACGCUAUUUAGAAAUCAUGAAUUUUUUUAUUUUCCACUUAAAAUUGCAUGCAUCCUUUUUGCUAUCGAAGCAUAGAACUGAAAACAAAAGUGGCUAAUUUAUGAACAACAUCAGGGUGAUUGAGAGUAAAUAAUAUAGAAACAAAAUCUGGUGGUUUCUGUUGUGUUUAAUAUGAACUGCUACAACUAAGUCAGCACAAAAAUAGGAUUUUAAGAAUUACUUGUAGAUUUUGCAUCUCAACAUUAAAAUUCCAUGUUUUUCCACAAUGCUAAAAUUAAUGUGAACUAUAUUAUUGUCAUUUUAUUUUACUGUUGCGUUGGGACAGGACCACAAUACAUGUACUAGGAAUAUUAAAAUAUUUACUAUAUUAGCAAUAAUCGCUGUUGCUUUAUCCAUCUUACAACAGACACAAUCUAUUCUUUAGUUGAUCUUCAUAUUCACCGAUGUUGAUUGUAAUGUAAAUGAACAUUGACCACUAAUUCUUGCUCUCUGCUUAUGUGUUGUGGAUUAGUAUGCUCUGACUACAAGGAGAAUAUAGCAGAAAUUAGUAAUACUCUAAAUUGAUUUACAUAGUUCAUAACUUCAUAGUAUAGGUCUAUCAAAUGAGUGCUGGUUUCAAUUACCCAUUGCUAAACUUUUCAUGACAUAUUGUUUCUUUACAAACUAUUCAUGAUUGCUGAACAACAACAAGACUGUUGAAAUAGCUUUACAGUUAUAUCCAUAUGAUUUGGUAAAUGAUGAAGAAGAUAUGUGUAACUCUGCUUACAUGUAUCUGAAUUAGUCUUUUUUGUUUUAAAUAUAUGAGAUCAAAGCUCCAAAUGUCUCAUCCAUUCCUAAUAUUCGAUCUAAUUUGUUCUCAAUGUCAUUCGAUGAAAAAAUUGCAAUGUCAUUACUAUUGUUUGAAUUGGUAUGAGAUGUACUUUCUUGUAUUUAAAGUCACCUUUUCAUUGUCUAUUAUUUGUUUCGUGUAAAAAAAUACAAAGAUUAUUUUUGAUGGAGAAAGAAAUGUGUGUGCAGUGUCUAUAUUAUUGUCGUGUUUUAUUUAAUUUUUGGUGUAUUUGACAGA